UUCCCCAAAACCCCCGUCUCAAACCCUCCCACCAAUGUCAAAAAUUAUUCGUUAAUGGCCAUCUUCCGAUCAAUCAAAGCCCUAAUCUCCCAAUCAUCGAGGAAACUAUUCAAUUCUUCUCAAUCUAGAACGUUUUUCUCCCUCUCUCUCGCCUCCGCUUCCCCAAUUUCAUCCAGUAACGGUUACAUCCGCCGCCACUUUCUAUUCCGAUCGAGGUUUCUCUCUCCCGUCGGCGGGCCUCUGUUCCUCUUCAAUCCGCCGUGGAAGCUCUCCCAGUCCUCCACCCCUCUCCUCCUGCAAUCCGACAUCGUCCUCAAUUUCCUGAAAUUGCGUGCGAUAAAUUUGCUUCAUCAACCGGCAUUUAGGUACAAUCUCGGGAAUACAGCUCCGAGGCUGUUGAAUGAGAGCGUUAGCGAGGGAUUUGGAAAGGGUGCAGAGGUUGAAGCUAGCGGUGGUGAUGACGCGAUCAGAGAUAGUUACUUGAAUCUCCCCAAUUUUAUCUCCUUUGGUCGGAUGCUUUCCGGUCCGUUGCUUGGAUGGAUGAUUGUUCAAGAUAUGUAUUCCUAUGCAUUUGUUGGGCUUGCUGUAUCCGGGGCAACUGAUUGGUUAGAUGGCUACAUAGCUAGAAAAAUGAGGAUCAAUUCUGUUGUUGGGUCCUACCUUGAUCCUCUUGCGGACAAGGUUUUAAUUGUAUCUGUUGCCCUGGCAAUGGUGGAUAAGGGGCUUUUACAUCCUGGAUUGGUCGGACUUGUUGUGUUGCGCGAUGUUGCUCUUGUUGGUGGUGCAACCUAUAUAAGAGCUAGCAGUUUGAAUUGGAAGUGGAAUAGUUGGCGCGACUUCAUCAACCUCGAUGGUGCUCAUGCCCAAAAGGUGGAGCCUCUUUUCAUCAGCAAGGUUAACACAGUUCUGCAGCUGGCUCUAGUUGCUGCAGCUCUACUUCAACCAGGAUUUGGAAGUGAAGAAACUCGACUUUACAUCGACUACUUGAGCUGGUUGGUGGCUUCUACUACAGUUGCUUCAAGUGCGGCUUAUGGGAUACAACAUUGGAGAUCACAGGCAAAAAGAAUCAAGUUUUAAUCGUGAAAGCUCAAGGAUUGUAGUUUCUUGUUAGAGAUUAGAUUCUUUGUUUUUUUUUUUAGAAGAAAUGAAUAAAAUGUAGACUUAAAUUAUUGCCAAGAGCAAAAUAUAUGACACAGUCACACAGCAAAAGUUGAGUGA